UUAAAUUUUUCGGACUAAAGAGGUCCUUUUUAUUUUAUUUAUUAGAUAUAAAUUUUAUUAAUUAUUCUUGAACUUUUUUAUUCAUAGUGCAUAUAUAAAUCAGAGCUAAUCGCGGAAUCGGUCUGACCGACCGGUCCCACAACUAUGGUGAAUAUCCUAAUUCUAAAUGAAGUAGGAUUAUGCAAAUUCUUAUAUAUACACAUAAACUCAUAUAUCUGGAAAAUCAACCUCAGCUCUACAUAUUCGAUUCAAUUAUUCGUCAUGGAGAACCAACCAACGAUUAUGUUGAAUUUCUUCCUCACUAAUAUUUAUGAGCAAUAUGUUUUAUUGGCUGAUUCUGAUGAUCCACUCUAUGUUUCGGAGGAGACCUUUAUUGUAGACGAAAGAUUCAUUGAGAUAGCUGGCUGUGAUUAUGGAGAAUCGACAAGAAAGCUUGUAUGCGAGACCUUGACCACCAUGGGAGUCUCAGAAGACGACCAUGAGAGUGUUUGGAGACGAGUUGAUUCUGAUGUUAAGCGUAUGCUUGAAGCACGUCGCACGACCACCACAACCAUUUUACUAUCUAUAGAAAUGGCAAGCCUCUACUCUGAAGAAUAUGUAGAUGAGGAUGCUGAUACGCGCCAGCCAAUUCCUGCGUCAGAAUCAUCCAUUGAUGACCUAACAAGAAUUGUGUUUGCUGUUGGGGUCCAGGAUCCUGAGAACUGUAUUGUUUGCUUGGAAGAAUUUGAGGAUGGAGAUGAUCUGAUUCAGAUGCCAUGUUCCCACCUUUAUCACCAGCAUUGCAUUGUUGAAUGGCUUAUGACCAGCCACCUUUGUCCGCUUUGCCGCUAUCAGAUGCCCACCACUCAGCUCAGCGAGCAUUGCCACAAUUCGUUGCCCCAGGAUCAGAACGUAAUUAAUUAGUCAAUUGUUUAGAAUAAACAACUGUACUUGGGUAGCACUAUUCUAUGUCAUGAUUUAUCA